AUGAUUAGAAGCGUUUUCCUUCAAGACUACGCCGAAGGGCCUUGUGGUGGUGUAUGUUUUGCGGCGCUAUAUAGAAGUGGAGAAGUGGAAACCCCAGGGUCUGCUUUCUCAAAUCAAGACCACGGCGCCAUGGAUCUUCUUGCAACGGACGAUCAUAUUGCAGCCCUCUCGCCUCUUGAGCUCGUAAAUUGGGUGGUGGAACUGAGCUCUGGAGGCGAUGGCCGGAAGCCUGUCAAGCACACCGCCCUUCUCAAGCUGGUGUCAAACGCGCUCGCGCUUUCCCCCGACCACGACCCCUACCGCCAUUCCCUGGCCUGUUUCAAGUCUCUCGGCGGGGGCCAGUUCUCACCCGCGCAGCAGAACAGCAUGGGCCACCUGCUCCUAGCUGCAAUUGACCAGUGUAAACAGGCCCCAACCUUCUCCCACGUUGACCUAGCUCCCUCUAGAAACGAGGCUGCUGCUCUGGUGUCGUCCGUCUUCGAGGGGGUUUUCACACUAGAAAGCCGGCUGGUGGUCCGGGUGGCCGCCGCCUUCGGUGUGAAAAGCCCCGACCUCGGGGACUCAGGGAGAGCCGCAGCGGGCCAGUUUACGAAGAAACUAGUUGCGGAUAAAAACUUUGCGGCGGGGAUGGGGCUUGCGCAGCAGCUCGACUUGGGGCCGGAACUAGGGGCGGCGCUUUUGUUGCAGAUGUUAGACAUGGGGGCGGCGCAGGCUGCGGUCGAUUGGGCGAAGCCAUACGGAAAAGAAGUGGGGGCGCGGAUAGUGAGGGAACUUGCGGCGAGAGGGGACCAUAAGACGGCGUGGCAGAUGAUUGAGAAGCUGGGAAUGCAGGCCGAGUUUCCAGGGGCGUAUAUUGCCUACAGGAAAACGUCCAUCACGAAGCUUGCCAAGAAAGGGGUCUGGGACGUGGCCCGCUCCCUCGCUGAAGAGGACCCGAUUCUCAAAGAGCACCUCGUGGAGGCCGCCAUCAUCGAAGAAGAGUUCGCCCACGCCGUCGAGUUUGCCGAGCGGUUCGGCCUUGACCACCUCUUAACCGAGGAGGUUGUCUCCGCGUCCGGGCUGCCAACGCAGACCGACUGCCUAACCCUACCGAUCCCUCCUAACCGCGUUUUCUUCGUCGAUAACCCGGAGGGUUUAGCGCGGGCUGAAAAUGAGAUCUGUGCCUCGGACUUAGUGGGGAUCGACUGCGAAUGGAAGGCGGACUCAGUUCGGGGGGCGGUCCCAAACCGGGUUGCGUUGCUCCAGCUGGCGACACGUGGCGGCGCGUGGUUGGUCGACCUGAUAACUCUCAGCCAAUCCUCCCCCGAAGCUCUAGAGUCUUUCCUCUCCUCGUUCCUUCCCAACGAAAACAUCCUGAAACUCGGGUUUGCGGUCAACGGUGACCUGGACCGAAUCUCCAAAACUCACCCCGCAAUCCGGGGGGCGCUCCGAAACUGCGGCCCGCUUCUAGACGUCGCCGGGUUAGCAAACCUGCGGGGAGUUAGAACCAGGUCCUUGAGCGGAAUCUGCGGAGUCUGCAUCGGAAAGCCGCUUUCUAAACGGGUGCGGAUGAGCAACUGGGAGGAGCGGCCCCUAAGCGAGGCGCAGACGCAGUAUGCUGCUCUCGACGCGCUGUGCCUGAUUCCGCUCUUCGAUCUGCUUACCAACCCGGACUUUCGGGUGCCAGAGAGAACCGCGUACAGCCAGGCAGCUGAUGGGGGGAUUGCAACGGUAGAGGAGCCGGGAACGGCGGAAGCUAGCUUUAGAGUCGAGAAUGCAGAUGAGUCGGCGGUUGAGGGAGCGACUGGUGAUCUGGCUUUGGGCCGAAAAGGAGGGGAUCCUGAAACUUUCGAGGGGCUGAGCGAAACCAACGGAGCAGCGCUUAUAGAGCCUGGAUCAGGGCUAGAUAGAGAGUUGCAAAGUGAGUUAGAAAGCGGGUUGAGUAGAGAUGUAGACAGUGAGAGGUCAGACAAAGGUAUAGAUGGAGGAGAAAACGGUCGACUACAGGAAAACGAGGCGGCCGGAGGGUCAGGCUCUGACGCAACAACCGAGCUGCUUGCGUCAGCAACCGGUACUCUGGAAAUGGUUGGCCCCUCUCUUUCGUCAAUGGCGGAAUCUCUCUCAGCUUCCCUUGCCGCGCCGGUUAGAAACGAAGACGGGUCCUCGGUUAGUAACUCCGGACGGAAGCCUCAAAAGCCGUGGCAGAGUUUAGUGUACUUCUACGGGGCCAGGAUCGACACGGGGAGGGGCAACAAGCGACGGGAGAAGCGAAAAGGAAUGGCAACCGAGCGUUUGGAGAAAGCUGAUCUACAAGGGCCGCAGUUCUCGGAGAACGGUGCUCUAAGCUCAGGCGGACCGCAGAUUGCCGAACCAAAGGCAGAGUACUCACUUUUGGCGGGUGAGAAACUAGAGGCGGGAGUCGCUGCGGCGGUCGAAAAGCCGCAGGCGUCAGAGAAGGGAAAGGGGACGUGUGAAAGGAGCAAGUGGAGCGGGCUGGGGCUUCCCGAGAGAGUCGCGGAGGCGCUUCAGAAAGGAGGGGUGGCGCCCCCGCAGGUUUUAGUGUGCUGGGAGGGAGGGGAAACGGUGGGGAGAGAUAGUGAAAAAGCGGAGGUUGGUGGAGCUGGUAGGGCUGACGUGGAUGCGACCGAAGACAACGGGAGUUUGGACGUGAAGGCGGAAGUUGAAGGGGAGCCAUCGAGCUCGCAUGUGGGUGUGAGUCCGGUCGAUGGGGCCAGCGGGAUCCGGCCGGAGCAUACGGAGGUGGACGGAAACGGAAGUGGGAGCGGAAACGGAAGCGGAAGAGAGGUUGAGGAUGGAACGGUGAGGGGGGAUGAGGACGAGGAGACUCGGGCGCUCGAAGCCUGGCGAGCCGCGAAAUUGGCAGCGGCAGGGGAGCGAAAGGUAGGUCAAGAGGGAAGAGGCUCGGGAACUAGGAGUGGGGAGGAAAGUGGUGGUGUUAGCGAACGGGUGACUGGGAGCGAGGGGGAGGAGGCCAGUGGACACGUGGCGACGCGCGAGCGGCCAGCGUGGCAGGUGCGAUGCAUACCUGUGCUGAUCUCGGUGCUAGAAGCCGCCGUGACCAGUCGUCCGGCCGCAGUGAACUCUUCGGAGAGCGGAGUCGAAGCUGACUCGCCGGAGCUUCCCACGCCGCUCGUUCAUCCGCCCAAGAAGCUUAGACUAAGGCCUGUUGUGCUUCUCAUCGGCGAGGGGCGAACCCCUGAUCUCCAGGUUGUCAUUAAACACCUGGGCAUGCCCGGAAAACUGGCUUGGAUCGCCGACGACCACGAGUGUCUGACCUACUUCGGCUACCCCCCCGCGCUGCUCCCCCCGACCGGCCACGUGAAAAGAGCGCUUCUAGCUUUCGACAGCAAGCUGAGAUCACAGCUCGGAAAAGCGGGGGCCCGGGUUGUGACCGCUUCCGGCAGAGAGGGGGUCUCUCUCGCCUGGGAAAUAGGCCCCCUGGUCCGGUCAACUGGGGCCAUUUCGCGGGACUUUGCAAUCAAGGAGGCAGUUGGGCUGGAGGGCCGAACGGAAGAGAGUGGGGAGCGGAAGAGCGGAACGGAAGAGGGUGGGGAGCAUGAGAGCGGAAUGGAAGAGAGUGGGCGGGCGGAAAGCGACCGUGAUGGAACUAGCGGAGAGGAGACAGCGGAAACCGGCGAGAUCGUGGGGGCUGCAUCCUUUGACAACGGUGCGUUGGAAAAUAGAACGGCCGAGGAGGAUGGGAGCAAUUUGCGAGCAAACGAGCAGGGGUCCGACGAUGGAGCGAGGCGAAGCGGAAAUCUUCAGGGGGGCGCAGUUUCCGGCGGAGUUGGGACGGAAAAGGGCGGAGCUUCACCGGAAGGCGGGAGCGGAGACGGCGGUGAUUCUGGGAAAGCCGAAAAUCGAAAGCGCGUUGGCGCAGGGGAAUGUUUAGGGUUGCCGCCACCCGACCAAGCGUUCGAUUUGAACGGGCCAACGGAUGUGAACGGGGUCGACGUAACUGCAGUGAACCAUUCAGGGGGAUCCCUCUCCGCGGGCUGUGAGGAGGUUGCGACGUGGGAUGAAGUGGGCCGGAGUGCGUCGGGAGGGGAAAACGCGGGGACUGCGUCCGUGAGGAGGGGUGCGGAAAGUGCGUCCGGAGGGGGGGGUGCAAAAAGUGCGUCCGGAGGGGGGGGUGCCGAGACUGUGUCCGGAAGGGGGUUGCGGAAAAUGCGACUGGAGGGGGGGCUGCCGAGGAGGCUGUGUUUCGACAGAGGGAGGGGUGUCGAGGCUGCGUCUAGGGGGCGGUUUGCCGAGAGUGCUUCCGGAGGGGUGACUGAGAGUGCCUCUGAAGGGGGGGUGACCGAGACUGCGUCUAUAGAGGGGGUUGCCGAGACUGCUGCUGGAGGGGGGGGUCGCCACACUGCGGUUGGAGGGGGGACGGAAAGACGUGCCGCAGGUCUGGUGGGCUCCCUAAGAGCUGACGGAGGCGUACUGGCUGUGAGGUUUCAUCGACCAAGUUGGGAAACCGAAACCAUUCUAGAACUCCCUUUAGAACCCUGGUACAGCCCCCCCAGCAAAGUAGAGCAGCUUGUCAGGGUCGCCGAAGAUCCAGCGGGAUGUGUGACCUGUGAGCAAGUGGGGGGGUCCGAACACGGGUCCGCCGUGCCCCCCAGAACGUUCAGGAAACGAAAACCGCGUCCCCCGAAAAAGAGCCCCCUGGCAGGAACGGGUCGGUUCGUUGGGCUGGGCACGAGAAAGGAGCUAGAGACGCUGGUUGCAGUGCUCGGGGGAUCAUCCCGGGGAUCGCGUGGCGUGAGCAACGGGCUGGGGGAAACUAGAGUGGUGCGAGAAACAGCCGCUCCGGAAAAGCGGUCGGGGUACGAUCCCCGGUCGUCGUUUCGGGAGGCGUGGGCUGCGGAAGCGGAGAGAAAGCGGCCAUUUUGGGCGGGGUGGUUUUCCGGCGCGCAAACGUCCGCCCGGUACGAACCACCGGGGGCGAUUCGCCCGCCUUGGAGGGAGCCGGUUGGUCAGUCACCGGUCGGUGGUUUUGGUUGGUUGACUGACAAGGAGUUACACCCUGCGGACAACCCUUGUGCUGGUAUGGCAGCACAACGCGACGAAGUUCUCGGUGUGCCUCCAAGCGCUCGCCUGGCCCGCUCAGCCGGAGUCUCGAGGCCCUGUUUGAGGACACACCAUAUGAUACGGGACGGAUUAUGCCCAGGUUUUGCUCUCCGGCCGACCUUUUUGGGUGGAGCGUUGAAAGCCAACCCUUCGACGGGUGUCGUGCGGAUGAGAUGGGCCGCAAAGGUCUGCCUAGGAUGUUAGGCCAGUUCCUGUCCGCCCCUCAGGCUCCCAAAACCUUCACUGGACGCCUAAUUGAACAUCGGAUAACUUUGUCGAGCCUGCCACCCCGUUCCA